GUUCUUAAAAAUAAACUGAAGUGUGCAAUAAAGAAGUGUUUUGUAAUUUUUUUUCUUGGACUUUUAUUUCUUUUGUUUCGAAAGAAUAUCUCUUUUUAUUUUUGCAAUAAAUCAAUUUUUAUAUUUUCAAACCCGAUUUAAUUGCUUGUAAAAAAAAUUCUGUGUCCACACAAGAUGUCAUUUUUCCUGUUGUUAAGCAGUUUGUUAGAUCAUGGUUAGUCAUAAAUGUUGUGCCUUGUCAAAAAGUGAGGAUUUUUGCUGAGCAAGCGAUAAUUUGGACGGCGUGACUACUAAACAUUUGGACUGGAAGGCUUAUUAAAGUAGGCCACAUUUACAUUAAGAAGUAUUUAUUGUUUGCAUAGACAUGAUGUAAAGCCUCUUUUACAUUAGAUCAAAAUAAAUAAUUUAUUCAUCAGCUUUAAUUACUUUUAUAAGCUUGUGUGGAUAGUAUUAAUUAAUCUUUUUUAAUUUUUUUUGUGUGUAAUUGCAUCUUUGAUUGUGCGUGUAGGUGGAGUAAACUUUAUUAUGCAAUUUCUACAUGAUAUACAAGAUGACGAACAGUGAAUAACUACAAAGUAGAUACAUUUUUAACUUUGCUCUACUUAUUUUUAUAUCUGCAUUCAUCUUCUUUUUGUUGUAGUUGUAAAGCAAACAAGAAAUUUUCGCAGUGUGUACUGGCGCUUAGCCUGUUUAUCUACCAGAUGGCUAAAACUUUUUUUUUAUCUAUCAACAUUCACUUUAAAAAGGAACGGGAAUUUUUUUUCGUUCGUGGUCGUGCUGACAUACGCAGUUAGGAUUUUAAAUUAUGACUUUAAGAUAAUGCACGCAUUUAAAUAAAAAAAUUUUAUAUUUUUGAAAAUCGUUCGAAGAAUAGUUUUUUUGUGUUUUGUUUUGUUUUAUUUUCAGUUUUAGAGUAAAAGUUACGCAACGGGGAUAAUUUUUUUUUUAAAUAUAUAACCAGGUUGGCCAGCAAUCUGGAAAAUUCAGAGACUUCAAAAAGUGCGCCAAAAACGCCAAAAAAAGUAAAACUAUUUAUAACUCAGCUUGUCUCCAGGCUACCGUAUUUAGCGAAUUUUUCAACAGUCAAGGAAAAAAAGUUAGGGGGAUUUAUUGUAUAAAACUUAGCUGUCAAAUAUACCAGUGAAAGUAUAACAUAAAAAAUGACUCAGCCGUCUUGGUUUUCUGUAGCACAAUUUGCAAUCGUCUUUAGGCGCAUUUCUAUAAAGAUGAAAUUUGAUAAGGUGUGAUUAACCUCUAUACUUUUUCUUUGCUUUAUUUAUCAAUAUAUAUUUUCACACAUAUAUUAUUUACUUCUAUCUAUAUUAUAAAUACACAGAAAAUGAUGUUUAUAAGUUUGUGGUGAAUGUAACAUUAUUGAAGUUAUUUCAAAAACGUUUCUUCCGAGGUAACCAUUUUGAAUUUUCACGGUCUCUUCGUGAAACACGUAGUAUACUGGACAGGUAUACGAAAUGGCGUUACCAAGGGAACUUGCAUUCAUUAUUGAUGGAAUUAUCAAUCAGGAUCAUCACUUGCUUCAGUGGGAAGUGUUUGGUAACGCUGCAGAUGAUAUACGAAUUAUGCUGACAUGGCGAAAAAUUAAACAAUCAGAAGACAGUUCUGUUGACAUGGUGAAACCAGAAGAUGUUUUGGUGGCUUUGCAUGAAACGGAUGAAAAUUGGAAGAGUAUAAAAAGAAGUUUUAAAGUCGAAAACAUAAAACGAAUAGAAGAUGAAAACACGAACGUUUCAAGUAUUAAGGCGAAGGAGCAUAAAGAAAGGAAAAAGAACCCCUUUCGAAAGUUACGAAAAAAUGAAAAACUUAAAAGAAAAGGAAAAUUACAACUUUCAUUAUCGAUAGAUGAAGUUGAUCGUGAGAAGACAGUAGACAAACCGAACAACGAGCGACGACAAUACCAUGUCUUGCUUAAUUUCAGCAAUGAUAAAAGUAUGCGAAACUUUCAGAGCGACCACAGCAACAACAAUGACGACGGCGAUAGCAGCGACAGUAACAAUAGCUACAACAAAAACGACAGAAACAACGACAACAACAGCAACGACAACAACAACAACGAUGACAACAACAGCAACGACAACAACAACGGCAGCAGGACUUACAACAAAAAUGAUAGAAACAACGACAACAAUAACAUCAGUGACAACAAUAACGUCAACAACAACAACAACAACGAUAAGGACGACAAUAGCGACAGUAACAACGACAACAACAACAACGACAACAGUGUUGACGAUAAGCAGGAAAAUAACGUCGCUAAGAACGAUAAAAAUUUCAAUAAUAUAAGUCAUUGCUUGAAACAACAAACUAAAUGUAACACUAAAAACCAUAUCGUGAGCCUUUCUCAGAUCAAGUCAAAAGAAACUGCAAAAAAAGUGUUGGAAGUGCAGCGAAAUAAAUUUAAAAUGUCUAUAGAUCAAAAUGUUCUCAGUGCGCUACAAAUUCCAGAUACAUCAUGUGAUAACGAAAACACUUCUAUAAAACCAUGUGAUAUAAAUGGGGUUUUUAAUGGCCAGAAACUUUUACCUGCAGAUAAAUUUAAAAGUAGUAGCAACAAUUCAUCCGUACGAACGUUGUCGGAGAACAGUGGAGAGACGGGUGUGGAGAACUGCGUUGAGUGUAACUACAAUGGCUUCUGUGACGAUCAAACUCACAAAGAAGAGUAUAUGUCGACUUUGCUCGCAGAUGCUGAGAAAAGUGAUAUGAAUGAGGAUUGCGUAUGUAAUGUUUGCACAGACGGUGGAGUUCAUAAUGGCUGCGUCUAUCGAGAAAUAUCGCGCCUCAAACACCACUACAAGUUGUUCGAUAAACGUAACUUGUGUUUUUGUAAAGUUUGCUUUCCAUUCAAGUAUCGCCAGAUGUGUUUGCGGCAAGAGUUACGAGUGCUACGAAAGAAAGGAAAGAAUCUUUACUACAGAUUAACAUGUGAUAGUGACGAUGAUGACACAGGAUAUCACCCUGGGCUUCGUUAUGGUGAUUCCCUGAUUGAUAAUUACGACAGCGAAUCCGAUGGAGAAAAAAAUCAAGCUAAAAGUGUCAAUGAUAUCGAGUUAAAAAUCACAAAAGAAGAUAAAAUAAGUUUUCGUAAUUGUCUGGAUUGUCAGUUUACUGGAUUUUGUGAAGACAUCCGACAUAAGAAGUUGUACACGAGAUUGCUUCGUCAUGAUGACGUCAACUUUGACGAGCUUGAAGAGCCCUGCGCUUGUUUAGUGUGUGUAUUCAAAGGCGCUGCACAUAGUGGCUGUGUGAGGCGGGAAAUGAAGCGACUCCGAUACGAUUUGAAGUUAUUCGAUGAAAGAAAUUUAUGCGAGUGUGAAAUUUGCGUUCCGUUUAAAUAUCGAACGAUUUGUUUGAGACAAGAAUUAAAGAAACUAAGAAGGAAGAGAAAUAUAAAUUUAUAUCCAAAAUUAUAUUAACAUCUUUAGUUUAACACAAAAGUAAAAAAUA